UCGAGCGUUUGAGUAUGUUUGUCAUCCUUCUCAACUGUGUGACGCUGGGCAUGUACCGGCCCUGUGUCGACGAGAUCUGUGACACCAACCGCUGCAAGAUACUCCAGAUGUUCGACGACGCCAUCUUCCUUCUUCGCGGUGGAGAUGGUGAUCAGAUGGUGGCCAUGGAAUGGUCGGGCAAGGGCGCCUAUAUGGCAGACUCCUGGAACAGACUCGACCUCUUCAUCGUCGUCGCCGGGGGGUUGGAGUAUUGCCUGGCAAUGGAGAACAUGAAUCUGUCUGCCAUUCGUACCAUCAGAGUCUUGAGGCCGCUCAGGGCCAUCAACAGGAUCCCUAGUAUGAGAAUUCUGGUGAUGCUGCUGCUGGACACUCUACCUAUGCUAGGGAAUGUCCUCCUCCUCUGCUUUUUCGUCUUCUUUAUCUUUGGCAUCGUGGGCGUGCAACUGUGGGCAGGGAUGCUUCGUCAGCGGUGCUUCAUAGAUCUGCCUAAGAACGUCACUGCUGUUUCGGGGCCCAUCACCUCAUACUUCAGAGUUACUGACCAGGAGAAAGACUACAUUUGCUCCUUACCUAAAGACAACGGUAUGCACCAGUGUCAAGGCCUCCCACAUACGAGAUAUCAAGGAAUGGAGUGCAAUGAUUCUGCACUUCUGCAUGUACCCAAUGAGCCGACCAACGAGUCCUGUGUCAACUGGAACCAAUACUACACCGAUUGUCGUCCGGGAGACAAAAACCCAUUUCAAGGAGCCAUUUCCUUUGACAACAUCGGCCUGGCAUGGGUGGCCAUCUUCCUGGUGAUCAGCUUGGAAGGGUGGACGGACAUCAUGUAUUAUGUGCAGGACGCUCAUUCCUUCUGGGACUGGAUAUAUUUUGUCCUACUUAUUGUGAUUGGGUCAUUCUUCAUGAUCAACUUGUGCCUGGUUGUUAUUGCUACCCAGUUUUCUGAGACUAAGAAACGUGAAAUGGAGCGGAUGAAGAUGGAGCGGGCCAGAUUCCAAUCAACCAGCACACUAGCAUCGGGCUCUACUUCAGAUCCUAAUUCUUGUUAUGGUGAGAUCAUAAAAUAUAUUGCUCACUUGUGGCGGCGAGGAAGACGAAAGCUAUAUAUCCGGUACCGGCAGUUCCGCCGGAAAAAUCGAUCUGAACACCCACGACAGUUGAGCCUCAAGAAACAGCGCCGCCGUCGUCAGUAUGAGGCAGCACAGAGUGCCCUUAUCAACCGUGAGGGUGGAACCUCUGGGGCAUUAAGCACCAUAGUGGCUGUGCCACCUGCUUCAGGUGGUGUUGGCCCUGGUGGUGCCUUCACUGUGAUGAAUAAUAUUAGUUCAACAAGUCCUCAGCUUCUAUCACCUCCAGAGAUGCAUGAAAUUCUCGAUGAUCCACGAAACAACAAUGCUCCUCGUGCCAGUCCAGAAUUAUCAGAUGUAGACCCCCAGACUUCCCCACAUCGCCCUGUUCUCCUUAAGAUCCCAAGUGGUGCAAGUGGUGAUGGCAUCAAUGAGCUGCUGCCACCUUCACCAGGGGGACAGGGCAUUUGUACACCAAGACAACGUCGACGCAGCUCUGUCAUGUUUAGUGAUGUGGUGCUUCUCCAUGGCCAUGCUGGAGAAACUGCUACAAAAAAUGUCUGUCAUAGUGAGAAGACUACACAGACUGAUGAUGAACCAAUAGAUCCAGCAUAUUUUCGUGAACCACUACCUCCUUCACCUCAUUCUCCAGGACCCCCAUCUCUUAUGCCCCCAGCACUGUUGCCUCCAGCCCUUCUACCCCCUAACAAGACGAAGUCUUCCUUGCGGUCUGUCUCACGGACACCAUCAUAUAAUGGUUCGGGGGGGAAGGGUUCUCUCACCUGCGGGGAACUGCUGGCACUGAGCGGUGCUCUGUCUGCCGCACUGCCCACACACUUGGGCAUUGACUCCCGCUCCGUCCACACCCUCUAUUCCUCACUGGCCAAAGGGGUCAAACACUUUUCUGCACCAACUUUAUUCUUCUCACCUGAUCAGUCACCAGCAGGUUUAACCAGUUACUAUUCAGGCUCUGACUCAUGUGACUCAGACUCUGAUUGGAGCGAUGAAGAGUGGAGGGAAGAGGAAAAGCGUCCACCUGGCUUGGCCCAAAGAUUCUGCUCACAGAUACGAGUCUACAUCAAGAAACUGGUGGAACAUCGGUACUUUCAACGUGGUAUUCUUAUUGCCAUCCUUAUCAACACUCUUAGCAUGGGAAUUGAGUACCAUAACCAGCCGGAUAUACUGACAACCAUUGUAGAGAUGAGCAACUACAUCUUCUCGGCUGUGUUCGCCAUCGAGAUGUUGCUGAAGGUCAUUGCUGAGGGGCCAUUUGGUUAUAUAAGCAAUGGUUUCAAUGUCUUUGAUGGUGUCAUUGUAAUUCUCAGUGUGGUGGAGAUGUACGAGAGCUAUUCGGCACAUGCAGCAGAUCCAACGGACCAGCAGGCGGGACAAGGGUCAGGAUUGUCAGUGCUCAGGACCUUCCGUCUUCUUCGUAUCCUCAAGUUGGUGCGAUUUAUGCCCCAACUCCGCCGCCAACUUCUUGUCAUGCUGAGGACCAUGGAUAAUGUCGCUAUCUUCUUCUCUCUGCUCAUACUGUUUAUUUUUAUAUUUAGUAUACUGGGCAUGAAUCUUUUCGGUUGCAAAUUCUGCACACAGAACGAGAACAAUUCAACUUCUUGUGACCGCAAGAACUUUGACAGUCUCUUAUGGGCCAGCAUAACCGUUGUGCUAGGCAUGUUUCUGUUUGGUGGAAAGUUUUGCAUUAGAGCGGAUGGCAGUGGCGAUUGUACGUGCCGGGAGAUCCUCGACCCCGAGUCUGGGUGUCUUUGUACAAGAAUGCACUUUAACAACUUCCUGUGGGCCACCGUGACGGUGUUUCAGAUCCUAACACAGGAGGACUGGAAUGUGGUGCUUUUCAAUGGGAUGGAGAAGACGAGCCACUGGGCAUCACUCUACUUUGUGGCUCUCAUGACCUUCGGCAACUACGUGCUCUUCAACUUGUUGGUUGCCAUCUUGGUCGAGGGCUUCUCUGCCGAGCGGAAUGAGCGUUUAGAAAAAGAGCAGAAACAACUGGAAAAGCAAAAAAGAAAAAGUCAGAGAGCCUUAGAAGAGGCAAACCAUGAAAGUGGCGAUGAUAAUCCAGGACCAACGGAAGAUGAAGACAAGACUUCACUCUCCAAAACUAGCCUCUCAGAGGCGGCCAAGGAAAAUCCUGGGAAAGUUACCAAGACUGCACAUUGUAAGCUCUCCAAGCAAACACCAAGUGAAUUAUCAAAGGGCAAACUCACAGACCUGUCCAAAGGCAAAACCUCCAAGUUACCUAAAAGCAUAUCAUCAGAAGUUGUGUCUAAUGGCACUCAGAAUGAGGUGUCUAUAGACCCAGCUACAUCGGUGAUAUCCAAAGGCACAUCUACAGAGGUGAUGGCUGAAGGCAUGUCUGAGGAGGUUGUGACCAGAAGUAUAACAAAAGAGGCACAUAAGGGUUCAUCAAGUGAGCUGACGAAAGACAUAACCACGAAGGUGAUGUCCAGAAGCACCUCACUGGAUAUACCCAAAAGCACAUCUCCAGACAUGUCAAAGAGUAAUGCUAUGCAACAGUCUCAAGGUGUAGAGGAAGCUAUUGGUAUCCAAGCAGAACCAACUUCAUCUGCAAGUCAUCAUGAAGGUGUCCAGCCAGCUGAGGAUGAGAAGAAGCGGUCGGUAUCCACCUUGGAGGGAGCUGACGAUGAACACCGACAUCUUAAGGGCAACGAGGACCGGGUCACAGAGAACCAGCUGCGGCAGAAGUUGCUCGAUGAUGACCCCAAGUGUAAUAUUGAGAAGGAGAGCAAGUUGCUGCAUAUGCCACAGUCAACUGGUCGUGAGAUCCCACCCACUCCUGCAGGGUUCACACCCAUUAUGUCUACACCCACUGCCCAUCUAGGGUACCCACCAAUCAUCACACACACUGCUGCCACACCCCAAGGUUCGCCCCACGCCACCCUGGAGCCUAGUGGACGUGGGGAUCUCAACAACAGGCUCAGCCCUGCUAUGGCACUUUACUGCUCUACUCCCGACCAGUAUGACCGUCCACAGGGUAUCCUGAGGUCAGCUUCCAUCAAAAGCAACAACACAUCACUGUCAUCCAGAUCAUCUCGUCCAUCAAGUCGUCUUGGGCCUCGUGGGGCACAACGGCGAGAGUCACUUUCUCCUCAUGACCUUCCAGGGAACCGAGAUUCCAUUAGCCCAUCUCCAGGCAGUCGUGAGCGGCGCAGUAGUGGGUGUGGGUCUCCAUUGUCAUGGCGACGUAGUGGAUCCCAGCGUCGUCGUCGAGGCUGUAGCAGCACUGGGUCAUCAUUUCGUCGUGCGCAGUUGGACCGGGAGAACCUUGUGCGGCAAGACUCUGGCUCUGACGCCGACGGGGAGGAGGAGACGGCUCUCAACAAUAACAUUACAUUCACUAAUAACAACCUUAACAAUCAUCAGUCUACGUUGUUAGGGACUGACCACAGCCACUGCAACGGGUCCACCAGCAGCCAUGUGCAGCUGGCCCCGCGCAGGUCUAUCCUCACCCAGCAGAACUCGAUAGGGUCACCGCGAACGCUUAGCCCACAGAAUUCCAUCCGCUCCCGGGGCUCCUCACCAAGGUCACGCCAACCUUCCAUACAGGGUCAGACGUCUGUGUGUGGGUCAAUCAGGGAGCUGGAGUACAAACAAAACAAUCUGAGUCGUGCGAAAGAAGCAGCUGCUGUCGCAGAGCAAGAAGAGGCACAGGAAGGUUCUGAAACGGAGGCAGAGGCUGUUAAGAAGAUUUGCUUUGUGUUUGAACCUAAGGGCUGCUUCAAGGAAAGACAAGACUAUUCACUCUAUGUCUUCUCACCUGAGAAUCCAAUUCGUCGCCUCAGUCUGUUCCUGGUAUCCAGAGGAUGGUUUGACUCUACUGUUCUGUUCUUCAUUGGUCUGAAUUGUAUCACCUUGGCUAUGGAACGGCCUAACAUUCCUCCAGACUCUGUUGAGCGAAAAAUUCUUAUGAUCUUCAACUAUGUCUUCACAGCAGUGUUUGGCUUAGAGAUGACCGUCAAGGUUACUGCAGAAGGUUUACUUUAUGGGAAAGGUGCCUACUUCAGUUCAGGCUGGAACAUCAUGGAUGGGUCACUGGUCAUCAUCUCUUUUGUAGAUGUUCUCAUGUCUAUACUGGCCACCACGUCGCCACGUAUAUUUGGCAUCCUCAGAGUCUUCCGUCUCCUGCGUGCCCUCAGACCUCUCAGAGUGAUCAACAGGGCCCCAGGUCUCAAAUUGGUGGUGCAGACAUUAUUAUCAUCACUUCAACCCAUCGGCAACAUAGUCCUCAUUUGUUGUACAUUUUUUAUCAUCUUUGGCAUCCUUGGUGUUCAGCUGUUCAAAGGAUCCUUCUUUUACUGUGAUGGGCCCGACAUUAAGGACGUCGUCACCAAGGCUGAUUGUGUUAGUAAUCCAGAGAAUCUCUGGCUCAACCGCAAGUACAAUUUUGAUGACCUGGGCCAAGCACUCAUGUCUCUUUUUGUCCUCUCAUCCAAGGAUGGCUGGGUCAACAUCAUGUAUACUGGCCUGGAUGCUGUAGGGGUGGACAUGCAGCCAAUAGAAAAUUACUCACAGUGGCGGCUACUCUACUUCAUCUCCUUUCUGCUGUUGGUGGGCUUCUUUGUGCUGAACAUGUUUGUGGGUGUUGUGGUAGAGAACUUCCACAGGUGUCGGGAGGAACAGGAGAAGGAGGAAAAGGCAAGAAGGGCAGCCAAAAGAGCCAAAAAACUUGAAAAGAAGAGAAGAAAGAUGCGUGAGCCUCCAUAUUACAGUCAGUACUCCAAGGCCCGACUCUUCAUCCACAACAUCGUCACCAGUAAAUAUUUUGACCUGGCGAUAGCAGCUGUCAUAGGCCUCAAUGUUGUUACAAUGGCCAUGGAAUUUUACAAAAUGCCAAAGGAAUUGGAAUAUGCCCUGCAAAUCUUCAAUUACUUCUUCACAGCAGUGUUCAUCUUGGAGUCUGUCAUGAAGAUGGUGGCACUAGGUUGCCACCGCUACUUCCAGGACAGAUGGAACCAACUUGAUGUUUUCAUCGUCAUCUUAUCUGUGGUUGGGAUUGUGUUGGAAGAAAUGAAAAGUGACUUUAUCCCCAUCAACCCGACCAUCAUUAGAGUCAUGCGUGUACUCAGGAUUGCCCGAGUACUGAAACUGCUGAAGAUGGCCAAGGGUAUCCGUGCCCUGCUGGACACUGUGAUGCAGGCGCUGCCUCAAGUGGGAAACCUUGGCCUUCUCUUCUUCCUUCUCUUCUUCAUAUUUGCAGCUCUUGGUGUGGAACUUUUUGGCAGACUUGAAUGUGAUGAUGAACAUCUUUGUCAGGGACUUGGUGAACAUGCUCACUUCAAAAACUUUGGCAUGGCCUUUCUCACACUGUUUCGGGUAGCAACUGGUGAUAAUUGGAAUGGCAUCAUGAAGGACACACUUCGGGACAAGUGUGACAGCAGGCCAGAUUGUGUCAAGAACUGCUGCCUCUACCCUUUUGUGGCUCCUAUCUUCUUCGUUGUGUUUGUAUUGAUGGCACAGUUUGUGUUAGUCAAUGUGGUGGUGGCUGUACUCAUGAAGCACCUGGAGGAGAGUCACAAACUGGAGGAAGAGGAGGCGGAGUUUGCUCGGCUGCUCAGGAUGGAGGAUGAAUAUGACUUAGAAGUGGAGAUUGAGAGGCAGCUAGCACAAGAGGAGGAAGAAAUGGCCGAGAUGCAGGAGAACAUUGCAAACCAAAAGUUAGCACAACAGACUGCAAAGGAUGUGAAUGAGACCGUCAAAGCCAAAUUCAACUGCAGUAAGUACUUCCAUAAGCCAUUGAAUAAGAUGUCAUCACUUCCCUCCAACUUCACUUUCCGUGGCCAGAGAGAGAUGAUGGAGCCAUCAUCACGAGACAAUGCUUCUCCACCAGUGACACCCGGUCUUCCUGAUAUCCGGGUAGAUAAUACGUCUUUGAACAUCCCCAGUAUUAAUAUCAAUGGCCAGGGUUUUGAAGUAGAAGGCGAGGCACCUACUUCACAGCUGCCACCAUUUACCCACGAAGAUUUAUAUAACCCCAAUUUGAAGCGUCCUUCACCUGAUGAGCCAGUAGAUAAAGUAUCCAUCACGGAUUUAAGACAAAAGCCCCCUAGCCCCCACUCUGGGGGGGCACGACCCAGAUCCAGCACACCAACUCAACCACAGGUAGAAAAAGAAAAUUACAAGAGGUUUAAAAAUGAAGCACCUUUGGCUGGAAGCUUUGAAGGGGAUGAUGACAUAAGUGGAAGUGAUAGUCUUACACAAGGACCAAAUUCUCCACUUCUCCAAGAGCGAGGUAGCCCUGCAACACAACGAGCUCUUCGUCAAUCUCGAUGGUGUAAUCGUCGAGAGUUUAGUAGUGGAGGAGGACGCAAGGUAAGCCUGGACGAUUCUCUCACGCAGACGUUGAUGGCAAGCUUUGAUAAUGUACCAGAGUUAGGUGGACGACUAGAUAUGGACUCCACAUCAUGCUCGGUUUGCUCCAGUGAGGAAGUAUCCGUUGCAUCACGCUUGUCUUCAGGACCUUCCCCUCUAGCAACUCUCACUUCUGGGCCUUCUACAGCAAAAGACAACACCCAAGUUCACAGCCCCCUUCCACAGGUUGCUCCACCCCCACCUCAUGUAUUUGCUGAUGAAGAUGAUGAUGCCACACUAGCUUCAAGUAGUGAUUCCUUCACUUUAGAGGGUGGGCCUCCUGAGAUACCCUCACUUGACUCAUCACCAGGGAGUGAAGGAAUGUCUGGCCUGUCUGCCACAAUUUUACCUCAAUCUUCCUCUCCAUCUCCUCUAUUGUCUUCCCCAAUCAGUGAAUCAGGCAAUGUUUUAUUUAAGACCCCUCCAAACACCUCUAAUUGUUCAUCAAGUUCAACAGAUUCCCCCCACUCCUCUUACACUUCACCUACACCACUGUCUGCACCUCUUUCAUCCCAACUUUGUUCUUCUCUAAAUGAAUUGGCAAAUUCUGCACAACCUUUUAGCUCCCUAAGUGAACUGAGGGCAGAAGUGAUCACAGAUUCAUCAGUUCAGUCUCCCGCCACUAAAAAUAGAGAUAUACAGCGUUUCCAAGCUGAAACUAGCCAGCCACUGCCUCCCAAACGUAAAGAUAAACAUCCAUACCCUCCCAGGUGUGAGGGUACCCAACUCUGGCCCUGCCAUUUUGAUGGUAGCCAAGCGUGGGUUUCACAGCCAGACAGUAAUCAGCUGUGGCCUUCCCGGCCUGAGCCAGUUCAACCUCGGCCAUCUACAACCAUUGGCUUACAACUAGGUGACCCUCGACCACAGUCCAGAACAAACCGGUUGCCUGCAGGACAAAGAUGUUACAUUCGAGGACGGAACAAAUCUCGGCACCCAGGGCCUGAGUCCUAGUGAUAGUGGACACCGUGCUAGUAGGGACCAGGCAAGUUGGACCGUGCUAGUAGGGAUCAUGUGCCAUCCACGCUAGUGAAUACCAAAAACAAGCUGCUCAUAAUGUUCUCAGAUGAUAUAGUUGAGCACUGUGCUAUAUGCCAGAUGAUACAUUAUCAAAAGUGUUGCCAAAUAAAUAUAUAUAUAUAUAUAUAUAAUAGAUAAAAUCACAAAUGGAAAGGGAAACA